GAACAAGCUGUGUUCACGAGGAAGCGGGAGGUGGAGGCUCUUGUUCCCGUGUUCCGCACCCGCGUCGAUUCCCCGCUGCGCUGUUACCUUGGCCGUCGUGGUCGUCGCAACCUCCCUCCCUCGCGACAGGGACGUUGUACGAACGGCGCCCCGCCCCGCCACGACACCGCCCACCCAUCCAACCAGCCCAACUCGCGCGCUCCCGUAGCCACACGCCCGCCUCAAAUGAUAUGUCGCGUCGCCGUCGCCGUCGUCGUGGAGCGCCGAGCCCACGCUCCACCCGUCGAACUGCAACGGCCCGUCCGUCCUCGACCGCAGGAUGCGGCCCUAGCGACCCCGAUCACGCCCGGCGUGGUGCCGAGCUGGCCGCGGGUGAGGGGACCGGUGGCCGUCGCGCGGCCAUGGAAACAGAUGGAGGGGCGGGACGAGACGACCGUGAGUCGCUCACAAGGACAAGGCCGGAUUGCAUUAUCCGCUCGCUGUGCCUGCCCUGCUUCUUCCGCCAUUCUUUCCGUCUCUGCUCUACUUUCUUGGUCGCCUGUCCGGAGGCUCCUCCCCGCGGCCCCUGAGCAAACUGUACCAUAGCCGCGUGAUUGAUUGGUUCACGGGAGGGACAGGGAGCGGCGUCAAGCUGGUUUUGAAGCGGUGCUUGCUUCGGCAGAUGGUUGUUCUCCCGCACCUGUCCUACCGCCGUUGAUCGCGAGAGUCUCGUACGUAGUCUUCGGGGGCAAGCAUCCAUGGCGGAGUCAUCGUCAAGGCAAGCGGCCGAGAUGGUGGAGAAGUGGAUGGCGUUCCCGUCUGGCUCCGACGCCGGCAGCGGCUUCGCGUUCCCGGCGCCACGCUCAGUGUCGGGCGCGGGCAAGGAGAUAGUGGAGCUGGCGUCGCCCUCCACAGCCACGGCCACGGCCACGGCCACGACCACGGCCAGUGCCGGCAACAGGCAGGCCUCGUUCCAGCGCGGCCGCGACAGUGGCGUGGGCAGCACCAGGUCGUCCAUGGACGGCGCGCGCGCGUCGGGGGACUCGUCGAUGCCGCGGGUGUCGCAGGAGCUCAAGGACGCGCUGUCCAGCCUGCAGCAGACCUUCGUGGUCUCCGACGCCACCCGCCCGGACUGCCCCAUCAUCUACGCCAGCGCCGGCUUCUACACCAUGACCGGCUACACCCCCAAGGAAGUCACCGGCCGCAACUGCCGCUUCCUGCAGGGCCCCGACACGGACAUGAACGAGGUUGCCAAGAUCCGGGACGCCGUUAAAACCGGCCGCAGUUUCUGCGGCCGCUUGCUCAACUACCGCAAGGACGGCACGCCCUUCUGGAACAUGCUCACCGUCACCCCCAUCCGCGACGACAACGGCAAGGUCAUCAAGUUCAUCGGGAUGCAAGUCGAGGUGAGCAAGUACACGGAGGGGCUCAGCGAAAAGCGCAUGCGGCCAAACGAGAUGCCAGUGUCCCUCAUCCACUACGACGACCGGCAGAAGGAGACGGCAAUGUCAUCGAUCACGGAGGUGGUGCAGACGGUGAAGCACCCGCGCGCUCGCUCCGAGGGUGAACAGGAGCCCGUGGAGCCUGCACCGCCCGUCAUGGCGUCGCCGUUGGUGGCCCCUGGCACGCCGUCGGGCGGUGCCAGCCUCAAGUCCCCGCUCUGGGACGUGAAGAAGGAGGACUCACGGCUGAGCCGGAAGUCGAGCCGCCGCUCUUCCCUCAUGGGGUUCAAGAUGGGGAAGAGGAGCUCGAUAGGAAGCAAGGAUGCCCUUCCAGCGGAGGUGGAGGCCCCGGCGCCGGCGCCGGCGCCACCGGAGUCAACGACGGAGAAGCAGCGCAAGAACAGCUGGGAGCAAGAGGGGAGGGAGAGGGACAUCAGGCAGGGGAUCGAUCUAGCCACGACACUAGAGCGUAUCGAGAAGAACUUCGUCAUCACGGAUCCCAGGCUCCCCGACAACCCCAUCAUCUUCGCGUCGGAUAGCUUCUUGGAGCUGACGGAGUACACGCGGGAAGAGAUCCUCGGGAGGAAUUGCAGAUUUCUUCAAGGGCCAGAGACCGACAUGUCCACAGUUGAUAAGAUCCGGGAAGCUAUCCGGGAACAGAAAGAAAUCACUGUCCAGCUAAUCAACUACACCAAGAGCGGGAAGAAGUUUUGGAACUUGUUCCACCUACAGCCAAUGCGAGACCAGAAAGGAGAGCUUCAAUACUUCAUUGGAGUUCAAUUGGAUGGAAGCGACCAUGUUGAACCCCUUAGGAAUCGUCUCUCUGAGAACACUGAACUACAAAGUGCUAAAUUGGUCAAAGCUACGGCAGAGAAUGUGGAUGAAGCAGUCAGAGAGCUUCCUGAUCCCAACCUGAGACCAGAGGAUCUAUGGGACAUUUACUCACGAUAUGUUUCCCCAAAGCCUCAUAAACGUUACAACUCUUCUUGGAUUGCGAUGGAAAAGAUUAUAAAAUCUGGUGUGAAGAUUGGCUUGAAGCACUUCAAGCCUAUAAAACCUUUGGGUUAUGGUGACACUGGCAGUGUACAUUUGGUGGAGUUGCAAGGAAGCGGUGAAUUAUUUGCAAUGAAGGCAAUGGACAAAUCAGUGAUGUUGAACCGCAACAAGGUUCAUCGAGCUUGUAUGGAAAGAGAAAUAUACUCACUAUUGGAUCAUCCUUUUCUCCCAACAUUAUAUACUUCAUUCCAGACACCAACACAUGUUUGUCUCAUAACAGACUUUUGUCCUGGAGGAGAAUUAUUUGCACUACUCGAUAUGCAACCAAUGAAACUUUUCAGAGAAGAAUCUGCAAGGUUUUAUGCUGCAGAGGUUGUAAUUGGCCUGGAGUAUCUCCAUUGCCUUGGAAUAAUAUACCGUGACCUAAAGCCAGAAAACAUUUUGCUCCAAGAGGAUGGCCACAUCGUUCUGACUGAUUUUGACCUCUCUUUUUUGACUUCCUCAAAACCUCAUGUGAUAAAGCAUUCUACAUCAAGGCGAAGAAGAUCUAAGGAGUAUCUGCCCCCAAGUUUUGUUUCAGAUCCUGCCACUCCAUCAAAUUCUUUUGUUGGAACUGAAGAGUACAUAGCUCCAGAGGUCAUCACUGGUGUACCACAUACAAGUGCCAUUGAUUGGUGGGCUCUUGGAAUUCUCUUGUAUGAAAUGUUGUAUGGACGUACACCUUUUCGAGGAAAGAACAGGAAAAGGACAUUUCAUAAUAUCCUGCACAAAGACCUUACAUUUCCAAGUAGCAUUCCGGUUAGUCCUGCGGCUAAGCAAUUAAUCCAUGGAUUGCUACAGAGAGAUCCCUCUUCUCGACUUGGUUCAAGUGCUGCUGCAAACGAUAUCAAGCAACAUCCCUUUUUUGAAGAUAUACACUGGCCACUCAUCCGUUGCAUGGAGCCCCCAGAGCUUGAUGUUCCACUGAAACUAACUCGGAAGGAACCUGAACAAAAAGUGAAGCCUGAGGAGGAUAUAUACUCAUGUUCAGAUUAUUGAGACAUUUUAAGGGCAGGUUGUACGAUCCCCCCUCCCGACCCCGUGCAUGACUUUCAGCCUGAAGAGAUUUUAUAUUACCGAGUGGAAAUAACGUUGCUGAGCAUGUACAUAGUAAUAAAAGAGGUUUAUAGGCAUGCAAGAUUUCCAGCCUGAAUUGCACAAGAGGUCGUUGUAAGUCAUUCUUUUGGUUAGGUUAAGUGAAUAAUCCAUCAACAGGAUAAAGUUCUUGUAAAUGUACACUUUCUUUGGCAUAUAUAAUAAAAAUCUUACUAAUUUCCGUUGGUCAAA